AUGUUGGAUCUCAGGAGGCCACAGAAGCCGAAUCUGCUUCCCAGCUUAAUGGACAAGGGGCUGAUGGCCCUCCGGAGGGUGGCCAACCGGGACUGCCGAGCCCAAGAGCUGAAACAGUGCUCCCUCAGCAGUCCGGCUGAGGCUGUCAACCUGUACUACAGAAGGCUGAACGGCCUCGAGCAGGAGGCCGGCCUGGAGGACAGGAGUUUCGCGCAGGAAAUGGAGGAGCUGCGGAAAGUGUUUCUCAGGCGUCCUGGCUGCCCCCAGUUCUGCAGCCGGUCCACGUCCAUGUCGCAUUACGGUUCAGCCACGACCGUCUCUUUGCCCGAGGAGCUGUGCACAUGCUCUGAGGCCAGGAAGAUGACCGAGAACUCCCUUUGCAACCAGCAUGGCUUGGACACGCAGGUGGACGGGCGCCUCCUUUCCUUGAGUAAGAGCGCCUGCGAGUUCAAUUACUUGGGGGACAGGAGUGAGUCCCCGGUCUCCAGCAGCCCAGUCCUGGCAUGCAGCCACCUGAGAAAGCGGAUCCCUUGGUACAUGUUGGUCAUCCAUGAGAAGGUCCAGCGUCUCUCCGCGCUGGAGGACCAGGUGCAGAAGAAAGAUGAGGAGAUCCUGGCGCUCCAGGAGGAGAGGGAGGUCCUGAAGAAGGAGCUGAAAUACCUCCUCAGCAGCAAAGGUCAAGGGACACUCGUGUGCCCAGGCAUGAAGGAGCGGCCCCCUGAGUCGGCAUCCAAGCCGUUUGUGAAACUGAGCCUCCUGAAAGCCUUUUGCAGGGACAACGAGGAGCUGCAGCGCUGGAGGCAGAUGCAGGAGGAGUAUGCCAUGGUGGACAGAGACAGGGACCUGGAAGGAGACUUUGAAGAGGAGGACGGCCUGGAAGGGGAGCCCGAGUCGGAGGAGGGAGCCCAGGGUGGGGUGGGCAGGAAGGGAUCUUUGCAGGAGGCGGGGGCUAUGGAGCUGGAGGAGGACAUGGAGCUGGAGGAGGAAAUGGAACAGGAGGCUGAGGGGUACAAGCAUGGCAGCAGGAGAAGGACCUUCUCCCUGGACGAGCUGUUUGAGGAGGAGCUGAUGGCCCAGCUGGAGGAGUACGAGCGGGUGAUCCAGGAAGUCCAGUUCGGGCUGGAAGACACCAGGAGGGAAAACUCCCUUGCAACAGGAGCCAUCACGUCUUUACAACGACAAAUAGAUUUCCAAGAAUCCCAACUGCAAAAGAUGAACGCAGAAAACGAGCUGCUGCAGAAAGAGCUUCGAGAACGGAACCGUCAAUUACAGGCCAUGUCCGACAAGUUCUCCAAUCUCCGAGAAGAUAAGAAGCACCAAGAGGUGAUGGGGCUCAUCGAGAAGGACAACAUUGUCCUCCGACAGCAAGUGUGGGAGCUGGAGCAGGAACUCACCAAGCAGAAACACACCAUCUCGGAGUCCAAGGCCAAGAUCAACUACCUGCAAGCCCAGCUAAACCAGAGUGAGAAGCACCUGCAGGGACAGAAGCAGCUGGAGGGGGAGAUGCAGGGCAAGAUGGAGCUGGUCCAGUACUCUGAGCAGCAGGCCCGUGUGGCCCUGGAGAGCGCCCAGUCCAGGCUUGAAAGGCUAAGAAACAAGAUCAUCCAGGCCACCUUUAGCAUCUCCGGGAUCAAGCCCUCGGCCAUCGAGAUCUCUGAUAAUGACGUCCUGGAAGCCUUACAGAGGAUCAUCGCGGAGAGAACCGACUACUACAAUCAGCUGAAACAGAAGGGUGUCAAGGUGCCCCCCCUGCCGGAGCUCCUGUCCUCGCCCAGCAAAUCCAGGAAGCUGGCCCCCUCCAAAUAGGCCCAGCCAGC